UCUGUCUUUACUCAUGGCCAAUUAUAUGUUGCUUUAUCAAGAGUUCAAUCAAAAAAUAAUAUUAAAGUAUUAGUUAAGGAUGGACAUAUUGAAGGAAAAGAUGGUGUAUAUACUAAAAAUAUUGUAUAUAAAGAA